AUGGCAUGUAAAAGAGAUUUCUAUUUUUGGUCUGAACGGUUAUCUUUGCUUUUAUUUCUGGUUAGCUUUCAAUGGCUUGGUCCUGUUAUUGGAAAGCCAAAAGCAUCAUCACGACCCCAUGUGAAUUCCAUUAGAAUUGAUGGGGACAUUGCUCUGGGGGGACUUUUCCCUGUGCAUGCACGGGGUGGGUCUGCUGCUAACUGUGGAGAACUGAAGAAAGAAAAAGGAAUACACAGGUUAGAAGCAAUGUUGUUUGCCUUAGAUAGGAUCAACAAUGAUCAAGAACUUCUUCCCAAUAUCACAUUGGGUGCUAGGAUCCUAGAUACUUGUUCCAGAGACACCCAUGCCUUGGAGCAGUCAUUGACAUUUGUGCAAGCUUUAAUUGAUAAGGAUAGCACUGAUGUGAAGUGUAUGAGUGGAGGACCACCAAUCAUUACCAAGCCAGAACGAGUGGUGGGAGUUAUAGGUGCUUCAGGAAGUUCUGUAUCCAUAAUGGUGGCCAACAUACUACGUCUUUUUAAGAUUCCUCAGAUAAGCUAUGCAUCCACAGCCCCAGAGCUCAGUGACAACAGCAGGUACGACUUCUUCUCUCGUGUGGUCCCAUCCGACACCUUUCAGUCACAGGCCAUGGUUGACAUUGUCAAAGCAUUGCGAUGGAAUUAUGUUUCUACCCUUGCUUCUGAGGGAAGCUAUGGAGAGAGUGGAGUGGAAGCAUUCAUACAGAAAUCACGGGAAGACGGUGGAGUCUGCGUAGCCCAGUCACUGAAGAUUCCACGAGAUCCAAAACGAGCAGAGUUUGACAAAAUUAUCAAACGUCUUCUGGAAACUCCCAAUGCACGUGGAGUCAUUAUAUUUGCAAAUGAAGAUGAUAUCAGGCGAGUGCUAGAGGCAACUAAAAGAGCCAAUCAGACUGGUCACUUCCUGUGGGUUGGAUCUGACAGCUGGGGUUCCAAAGUGACACCAGUACUGCAACAGGAGGAAGUGGCAGCAGGAGCUGUCACCAUCCUUCCAAAGAGAGUCUCAGUCCAAGGCUUUGAUAGAUACUUCAUGAGCCGUACUCUGGAGAAUAACAGAAGAAACAUCUGGUUUGCAGAGUUUUGGGAAGCAAACUUCAACUGCAAGCUGAGCCGGCAUGGAUUUAAACGAGGGAGUCAUGUUAAAAAGUGCACAGGCUUGGAACGAAUUGGCCGGAACAACUCUUAUGAACAAGAGGGGAAAGUACUCUUUGUUAUCGAUGCAGUUUAUGCCAUGGCACAUGCUUUGCACAACAUGCACAAAGAUCUCUGCCGUGGAUAUGUCGGACUUUGUUCCAAAAUGGAUCCCAUUGACGGCAAGAUCCUCCUUGAAUACAUCCGUAAAGUGAACUUCUCUGGAAGCGCAGGAAUCCCUGUGACCUUUAAUGAAAAUGGAGAUGCUCCUGGACGUUACGAUAUUUAUCAGUACCAAAUCAAGGACAAUUUCACACGCACUUAUUCAGUCAUUGGACAAUGGAUGAAUAAACUUCAUUUAAACAUUCGUACAAUGAAAUGGCCGUCAGGAUCCCGGCAAGUCCCAGCCUCGAUUUGUAGCCUUCCGUGCAAACCAGGCGAGAGAAAGAAGAUUGUUAAGGGCAUUCCCUGCUGUUGGCACUGUGAACUGUGCGAUGGGUACCAAUACCAGGUGGAUAAAUACAACUGCAAGGUCUGCCACUUUGACAUGCGACCCAAUGAGAACCACACAGGAUGUCGCCCAAUUCCCAUAGUUAAACUGGAAUGGUAUUCCCCUUGGGCAAUUGCGCCUGUAUUUUUUGCUAUUAUUGGUAUCAUUGCUACAUUGUUUGUUGUCAUUACCUUCAUACGUUUUAACGACACACCAAUAGUGAAGGCAUCUGGUCGAGAAUUAAGUUAUGUGCUCCUCACAGGGAUUUUCCUCUGUUACGCCAUUACCUUCCUAAUGAUAGCAGAGCCAGAUGUAACCGUCUGUUCCUUGCGGCGCAUCUUCCUUGGGUUAGGAAUGAGUAUCAGCUACGCAGCUCUGCUCACGAAGACCAACAGGAUUUAUCGGAUAUUCGAGCAAGGCAAGAAAUCAGUCACUGCUCCCAGGUUUAUUAGUCCAGCCUCACAACUUAUGAUCACUUUCAGUUUUAUCUCAGUGCAACUGUUGGGAGUCUGUAUCUGGUUUAUUGCUGACCCUCCCCACUCCUACAUCGACUACGACGACCAGAAGACUGCCAAUCCCCAGUUUGCUCGUGGAAUUCUCAAAUGUGAUAUUUCUGAUCUAUCUCUCAUCUGUUUACUUGGAUAUAGCAUGCUCCUCAUGGUCACAUGCACCGUGUAUGCCAUCAAAACCAGAGGGGUACCAGAGACCUUCAAUGAGGCCAAACCCAUCGGAUUUACCAUGUACACCACCUGCAUUGUCUGGUUAGCCUUCAUUCCAAUAUUUUUUGGGACUGCUCAGUCUGCAGAAAAGAUGUAUAUUCAAACCACCACUUUGACUAUUUCCAUAAAUCUGAGUGCUUCUGUGUCGCUCGGCAUGCUGUAUAUGCCCAAAGUUUAUGUAAUCCUCUUCCACCCAGAGCAGAACGUGCAGAGGCGCAAGCGCAGUCUGAAGGCUGUGGUGACAGCAGCCACAAUGUCCAACAAGUUUACCCAGAAAGGAAACCUCCGUCCUAAUGGAGAAGCCAAAACUGAAUUAUGUGAAAGUCUCGAAACUCAAGUUCUGGAAUUCUCAUGACCUUGCUGCAUGCAAAAAAACAAACAGCUUCAUUAUCUGAGUUAUGACUGGA